AUGACCGAAGCACGGACGUACGCAGCUGCGAUCGACGCACUCAACUCGCUGCAGUCGAAUGCUGCCACGAUUGAGGCGAUCCGCAAGAGCGGAAAGACGGUCAACGAGCUCAACGAGCCGGAAAUGACCGAGUACCUCGCGCGUAUCGGACACAAGCGCGAGGAGCUCGACGAGAUCAACGUCAUUCACAUUACAGGGACCAAGGGAAAGGGAUCAACAGCCGCAUUCUGCGACUCGCUCCUGCGCACUGUGCGGACCAAGGGCACGGAAAAGAUCGGCCUGUAUACCUCGCCGCACAUGGUCGCUGCACGCGAGCGCAUCCGCAUCGACGGCGUGCCACUCUCGGAGGAGACAUUUGCGAAGUACUUCUGGGAGGUGUGGGAGCGCCUCGAACAAAACACCGAGCGCCAGUUUUCCGUGACGCCGCUGCGCCCAAUCUACUUCCGCUUCAUGACCUUGCUCGCAUUCCACGUGUUCAUCUCGGAGCGCGUCGCGGCGACGCUCCUCGAGGUGGGCAUCGGCGGCCUGUACGACUCGACCAACAUUGUGACCCACCCAGUCGUGACAGGUGUCACGCCGCUGGGUCUCGACCACACGGCCAUCCUCGGCAGCACGAUCGAGGAGAUUGCGCUGCAAAAGGCGGGCAUCUUUAAGGAGGGUGCCCCAGCGCUCUCUACACAGCAGGGCGAGAGUGCGCUGCAGGUCCUGCACCAAUACGCCAAAAAGGUGCACGCGUCCAAGUUUGAGGUGGUGCCCGAACUGCCGGCGGUGCAUGCGCGCACGCUCGGCCUGCCGGGCGACCACCAGCGCGCGAAUGCGAGCCUCGCCGUGGGGCUCGUGCGUGAGUUUGUCGCGUCCGAAAAGGGCCGCAAACUCUUCCCGGGCGCCGUGGACCACUUCCAGACAGACGGCGAGCAGGUCUCGGACGCCGUCGCACAGGGCCUCGAGCGUGCUUUCUGGCCGGGCCGGUGCCAGACGGUUCCGGCAGCCGCAAGCUCGGGCGCGACCUACUUUUUGGACGGCGCGCAUACCAUCGAGAGCAUCCAGUUCUGCGUGCAGUGGUAUCUGAAAGAGGUGUUGCCGUCCAAGGAGCCUCGCGUGCUCAUCUUUAACUGCACCAACGGCCGCUCGGGAAUGACGCUCUUGCGCACGGUCUUGGAAGAACUCGAAAAGACCAUGUCCAAGGAGGAGGCCAAGGUAUUCUUUGCUCAGAUCUACUUUUGCACAAACAAUACGUUUGCCGACGGCGGCUCGGCAAGUGACCUCGUCUCGCGCGCAGUCGACCCGAAUGAACUCGCAAGCAUGGCGCUGCAGCAGGAGCUCUUGCACGCCUGGUGCUCGCUCCUCGGCCUCCCGGCGCCAGCGCACGGUCAGCUGACCGUGUCGGUCGACGACCAGGCCAAGGUCUUUGUCGUGCCGAGCAUCGAGCAUGCGAUGCAGGGUGCCAAGCAGGCCGGAGGAACUCCGAACGUGUUUGUUGCCGGCAGCCUACACCUCGUCGGCGGCGUCAUGGCACACCUCCAGACGCAGGGCCUGCUCGACGAUCGCCUGGCCAGUGCUCCGGCGUAG